CUCUCAGCUCCCAAAACUUCCCAUUCGAACGAGAAAAAAGAAAGGCAUUCUUUCCGCCCGGUUGCAAGCUUCAAUCUCCUCUACCUCCAGGAAGAAGCAGCAGCUUGCUGCUCCUGCAGACGAUCUUCGGACGGGCAACUCAACUCUUUCGUGAUUUUGUGAUAAGGCUUCGGGCUCUAGUCCGGUGCUUUUCAGAAACUUCCAACCAUGUCUGCCACGACGGUCAAAACUACCAAGUACACGUACAAAUCCAGUACGGGCGGUGCUAGCGACGUCACUAUGGAAUAUGGAGUGGACAUUGGUGCCCUUACAAGACUAGAGGACAAACUCCGGUUAGCAUAUGAAGACUUGGAAUUCGAAAGAGAACUGCGACAGAAAAUCGAACGCGAGAAAUCCGACCUCACAGUCCACCUGAUGCAAAUCACAGAACGCCUGGAUGAAGCAGAAGGAUCGUCCGAGAGUCAGAUGGAGAUGAACAAGAAGCGAGACACAGAAUUAUCAAAGUUGCGUAAGCUCCUGGAAGAUGUACACCUGGAGAGCGAGGAGACGGCGCACAUGCUGCGCAAAAAACAUCAGGAGUCCAUUGCGGAGAUGCAAGAUCAGGUCGACAUCGCCAACAAGCAGAGAGUGAAAGUGGAGAAAGAAAAACAGAAAUUUCAGGCUGAACUCUACGAGCUUCUGGCACAAGUUGAAAGUGCUCACAAAGAGAAGCUUGCCGCCCAGAAGACAGUGGAGAAGUACGAGGUGACCAUCCACGAGAUGAAUGUCCGCAUCGAAGAAUUGAACCGCACCGUGACCGAGAUCACGGCUCAGCGUUCACGACUCAGCUCUGAGAAUUCCGACCUCAUGAAGGAAGUGCAAGACUACAAACUCUCGUUGGACAACACCAACCACUUGAAGCUGCAGUUAGCCUCUCAACUGGAGGAUCUGCGAAGGAAAUACGAGGAUGAGGAGAGGAGGCGAUCCGCUUCGGAGCAAACAGUUCACGCUCUGGAGAUGGAGUUAGAAUCUUACAAGACGCAGCUGGAUGAAGAAUCUGAGUUGAGAAUCGACAUCGAGAGACAGCUCGUUAAGGUUAACGGAGAGUGUGCAACCUACAAGACCAAAUAUGAGACAGAGUGCUUGGCGCACGCUGACGAGGUUGAGGAACUGAGGCGUAAGAUCGCCCAGAAGACAGCUGAAUAUGAAGAGCAGCUGGAGGCUCUUCUCAACAAAUGUAGUUCCCUGGAGAAGGCUAAAUCCAGAUUGCAGAGCGAAGUCGAAGUCUUGGUCAUGGACCUGGAGAAGGCAACGAGCCACGUGGCGGUGCUAGAGAAGCGAAUAAUCCAGAUCGAAAAGAUCAACAUCGAGAUCAAGAACAAGCUGGAGGAAACAACGCAGCUCUACGAGGGCUCACAGAGGGACCUCAAGGGCAAGAUUGCAGACCUUCAGAAAGCUCAACACGAGAUCGAGAAAAACAGGGACCAGAUCGCCGCUCUCACCAGAGAGAACAAGAAGCUUUCAGAGGAAUUGGGAGAUGCCAAAUCUCAUCUGUCCGAUGCGACUCGCCGCAUCCACGACAUGGAACUGGAGAUCAAGAGGCUGGAGAGCGAGCGGGAGGAGCUGAGCAUCGCGUACCGGGAGGCCGAGACGCUGAGGAAACAGGAAGAGAGCAAGGCCCAGAGGUUGAGCUCAGAACUCGCGUCCACCAGACACGAGUACGAGAGGAGGCUCACGGCCAAGGAGGAAGAGCUGGAGGCACUCAGGAAGCAGAUGGCUAUCGAGAUGGACCAACUGAGCCAGCGCUUGGCCGAAGCCGAGGCUAAAGUCAAGACAGAGGUCGCCCGCAUCAAGAAGAAGAUGCAGGUCCAGAUCACGGAGCUGGAAAUGUCCUUGGACAUGUCUAACAAGCAAAACAUCGAUAUGCAGAAGACCAUCAAAAUACAGUCCACCAAGAUCACGGAAUUGCAAUCCCACUACGAUGAAGUAAGCCGCCAACUUCAGCAGACUAUCGAUCAACUGGGCAUUUCCCAGCGAAGAUGUCAAUCCCUGACUGCUGAAUUGGAAGAAAUCAGAGUGACUAUGGAACAGACUCUGAGGGCCAAGCGGUCAGUGGAGCAGGUCCUAGAUGAGGCACACAGCAAAAUUACUGAACUCACCACCCUGAAUGUGAACCUCACCUCAGCCAAAGGCAAGCUGGAGAAUGAAUACUUGUCCUUGCAUAACGACUACGAAGAGAUUUCCAAGGAAUUGAGGGUUUCCGAUGAACGUUACAACCGUGUGAUCGUGGAGCUGAAAUCCACCAAAGACUUGCUGAUAGAGGAGCAGGAGCGCUACAUCAAGAUCGAGUCCAUCAAGAAGUCCCUGGAGACGGAAGUGCGCACCCUGCAAGUCAGAAUCGAGGAGGUCGAGACCAACGCUCUUGCAGGAGGAAGGCGCGUUGUCAGCAAGCUCGAGUCCAGGAUUCGAGAUGUGGAGUUGGAAAUGGAGGAAGAGAAGAAGCGCCAUGCCGAGACUCAAAAGAUCAUGCGCAAGAAGGAGCAUCGCGUCAAGGAGCUUCUCCUGCAGACCGAGGAGGACCACAAGACAAUCACCAUGCUCAACGAUGCCGUUGAGAAGCUUACCGAGAAGGUUAAAGUCUACAAGAGGCAACUUAAUGAACAGGAGGGCAUGACUGCCCAGAGCCUGACGCGUGUCCGACGCUUCCAGCGCGAACUUGACGCCGCUGAGGAACGUGCAGAUGCUGCAGAGAGCAACCUGUCCUUCAUCCGUUCCCGCCACAGGACCAUCGUGACCGGGCCAGCUUCCGUCAAGCAGGUCUUCGUGACCACCACUGAAGAGUCUUCCAGCAGCACCGCCAACUACUAAGUGACAUCAGCUGAAGACGUGCUCUGGAGCACGACUGCCAUCCAUUGUCACAUUUACUACUUUUAUGUGAUUCCUCGUGUCAAUGUAGCUGUCCCUCUGUGCACCCCCAAGACAGUCUGAUGGCCCUCUUCAACUGCGGAAGACAUACCACGACGGACAGCGACAAAAGAGUCGAUUGUAAAUGGAAUUAAGCAUUUCCAAUAUUUAUAAGUAGAUACUUUUCAAAAAUAUUGAAAUACAAUUAACUAUUUGCUAUUGAAACCAGCAUUUUCAACGAACACACAUUCCGUAUAAUAUAUUACAAUAAAAUAUAACUACACGGCAGACGAAAUUCCAACCUAUGUAGAAAAUACAAAAACAUGCAGUUAACUAUAUUUCAGAGUUGCUUGGAAGCAGUUAGACUAUUAGAAUAUAAGUAAUAAGCGGUUUCAAUUGAAGCAGAAUGAACUAUUGUAAAUACAAAUGCCCAGCUUUACAAUUAUGAACCGGAAAAGAAGUGGGAAUUUCAAAUCAAUAUAUUAUUGAAGCAAUGAUGCCAUGCAUUCAAGAAGCUAUUCAACAAUAAAAUUAAAAGCGAAGUUGGCAGUCCAAACAUUUUUUCUUUCCCUUUACAGGCAUUCAGUAAAUUGUUCUGGGCAUAAAGAUUCGACUCAAACAUUUGUGAGAGAAUGCCAAUCGCUUUGAAGAGAAGAGGGCCACAGACUACAUUCUUUUCUAAAAUAAAGUGAGGAAUAAAAUGAACUCUCAUCCACGUCAUUUGUUUACUUUUCUGAACGUAUCAUUCUCAACUAGGAUUCAGAUCUCUAUGUAAAUUGUCGCUGCUUUUGCAAUCGAGCUUCGGAAGUACAAAAUCCUAUUUCAAUAGUCUUUAAAAGAAAAGAAUACCUUAUAAUAAUCAGAAGGGCAUUGAAAUCAUGAAGGACAUUAGAAAAUUCUAUGCGUUGCAAAAGGUACAGGUAAGAAUCAUCUUUUAACAGCUUCGGGAGCUUUAACGCACUUAAUAAUGUGCUUGCGAAUCCGACUAAGCUCAAUGUUAAUGUCAGCUGUUUUAUGUAUGCUGUUUUCUGCUGUAACUGAAUUAAUGCUUGUAAACGGCUCUUUCCAAGUCCUUCUGUACUGGUUGACGUUUCUAAUUAACGCCACUAAAAUAAAUGCGCCAAUCGCUUUGUCUUUCAUUGCAAUGAUUUAAGAGAAUAAAGAGGUAAUAAAUA